UGAUGAGCACGUGUUGGUGAAAGUGAGAUAAUCAUUGUUUUGGAGCACAAAUAAUUAAAUCUUUGAGCGCUCAUUAAGCCGAAGAACUGGCGGACUGAAGGGGGUUUUAAGAGUGAUAACCUCGAGUAGUAAACUUAAAUUCCAAAAGUCUUCAAAAAUGGCGAAAUAUGAAAGUACCGAAUUAACCCGCGAAGAUUUCGACGCAGGUCCCUCAAGUGCCGAUGAGAUUGAGCCCAACUUAUACUUAGGAAAUUUGACAGCAGCGACUGACGUCAAAUGGCUCAAAGAAACAAAAAUCACGCACAUUUUGACAGUGGAUUCCUGCCCACUACCCAGACGAAUCCAGCUGCUUCCAGAUUUGACCGUGAAGUAUAUUCAGCUGACGGACAUGCCGCGGGAGGAUUUUCUCCCCUUCUUCGAUGAUUCUUAUAAUUUCAUCGAUCAAGCCCUGACUUCUGGUGGAAAGGUCCUGGUACAUUGUUAUUUCGGAGUAUCAAGGUCAUCCACCCUCGUCAUCUCGUACAUGAUGAAAAAGUAUGAGAUGAAUUUCGAUGUGGCCCUAGAGUUGGUCAAGUCCAAGAGACGAUUCGUAAGUCCAAACGCGGGAUUUGUAGCUCAGCUGAAGCUUUACGAGGAUAUGGGGUGCACGAUAGACACUAAGAACGUUCAGUUCAAAAUGUACAGGCUGCAGAUUGCUGCUGAUAAGGUUCGAAAAGCCAGGAUUCUUCCAUCGACAUACGUGGAUCUGAUAAAGCCCGAUCCAGCCCUAGAAACUGUCCGUCCAGAGCCAACGGUGUACCGUUGCAAAAAGUGCCGGAGGAUAGUUGCAAGUGCCAGCAACAUCCUCCCUCACGCACCAGGUCAAAAGCACGUAUGGCGAUACAUUAGCAGAAGAGGUGAUAAGGGUAAAGUACUCCCGGUGAAGGCCUCCCAACCGGACGAGAUGUGCGACAAGAUUUACUUCAUCGAGCCCAUUGCCUGGAUGCCGGACAUCCUUCACAACGUCGAGGGCAAACUGAACUGUCCCAAGUGCGAGGCUAAACUGGGCUCCUUCAGCUGGAUAUCGGGGUGUCAGUGUCCCUGCAGUACAAAAAUCGCACCGGCUUUCUAUCUGGUACCAUCUAAAGUCGAGUGGAGCAAUGCUGUGCAGAACGUUCUUGUGACUGUCUGAAAGGGUGGGGUUAUUUAAAUUAUUGAACCAAUUUUGAAAUAAAGUACUAGGUUUAUAUCCAUGUGCCAAUGUAGGUAGUUGUUGUGGGUGGAACGAUCUGCAUUUUUUCAAAUGUAAAAUACCUCGAGAAAAUAAUGUUUGUAGAAUUAAGGGGCAGAUGGGAGGGGUGGGUGGAGGCAUUAGGAGGACCUCAUCGAGGUUCAAUUGACAAACAGAGGUGAGGAUUAAAUUAGAGGUGAGCAAAUAGAUCGGAAAGAAUAAACAAUCAUGAGGGUUAAAUGGAGGAGCUUAUUCUUAAGAACAUUUCUCUCAUGUCAACCCUUUCGUUUAAUGAUCAAGAUCUAAGGGCUGAGUUGAGGAGUGCUCCGAGGACUUGUGCUCUCCCAUUUGACCCUUACAAAAGGGGCUUGGCCUCGCGUUUAAUCUACAUUAUGGAAUGAGAGAUUUAACGCUGUUGGACACUUCCUCUGCCGUCUGGUUCUUUAAAAAGUUUUCCUAAUUGCCUUCGGUUUAAAAACAAUAAUAAUUCGAUAAGGAAUGACUCCAUGAGAAAAUGUCGUAAAACAUUUUUUAUUAUAUCCCCUACAAAAAUUUACUUUUCGAAGCGUUUUUGUGUGCGUAUUUUUCAGAGAUUGUGGGUAAAGUGAAUUUUGAAUGCAUAAAGUUAGGUCUUACGUUUAGUGCAGAAAAACAAUCACUUUACUCCUAAUACCAGUUCCAAGAGGAAAUUCGAUAUGUGUGAAAAUAAUGUGAUAUGCCUGUGUGCGAAAAAUGGCUCUUUCCGCACUUGCAACCCAAUAAAUUUCAUAAGACAAAAAAUGUUUUUCGACAUUUUCCUUUAAAGUCGAUAGUUCUGAAAAGAUAAGUUAGACAAACAUAAAAUUAUUGUUCAUAAAACAUGAAAUUAAUUUCACGAGUUCAACCACUUCAUUAGUAACAAUAAGUCGAAAGUGAAUUAGUUUUUGUUUUUUCUUCUAUUUUGUACUUUCUUUAUGCAAGAUUGUUGAUUAUUCUAAGAUUAAUAAGAGUCAUGUUUUUCCCAGAAAUUAUUAAUAUUGACUUUUAUUAAACUACUAUUUUCUGAUAUUUAAACGAGAAUUUCGAUCCAAUUUUUUCUGAAAGAAGACUCAAGUAUUGUUGACUAUUUUAAAUUAACGUGCCAAAUAUACUCAGAGCCCACUGGAUGUGAUUCGAGUCGACGUUUUUAACACAUAAUUAAACUUGUAUCGAUGAAUUUACCCCAGUUUCAAUGAAUGACAUCUCGAUGUGAACCUCCGCCAAAGCUUACAUAAUGUAUAUCAAUACGAAGUCGUUUACACGAGUUAAUUCACUCCUCCUUUUUAUUGAAUUACAAAGUUCAUAAUUUUUACGUGGGUCACUGGCCACGAUAAUAAAAUCAAUGUUCGAUAUAAA